AUACAACUUAGGGGUUAAAGAUGGUAACGCAUAUAACUCAGGCACUAAGUCUGUAUCACGGGUAUAACUGAAGGACCAAAAAUACAAUUUUUCUUAUUAUUAAUUCUGGAGGAUUAUAUAUAAUUUAAGCACCAGGUUUUAGGCAAACAACUGAGUUAGGUUCAUUCUUCUCUGGGUAAUGAUCAUUGCAGAAGAAAGAUCCAUAGAUGGAGAAAACUCAUAAACAAGCCCUGUUUAACGUUGCUAAUCUCAAGAUCCCGUCUUUCCAGGUGGUGGUAGUAAAUGCAAACCUGGGCUGUGCUCAUUGCAGACGAAGAAUUUCUCAAGUAAUUUUGAAUAUAACUGGGUUACGGGAGUAUACGAUGGAUGUUUUGAAGCGACAAGUGAUUGUAAAAGGUGGCAUCAAAAAUAAUUUUCAAAAUCGAAACAACACAAAAUUGAAGGAUGAAAGGUGUAGGGUUAAAUUCUUUACUAGAUUAUUUUGCUUCUGAUUUUAAUAUAUCUGAUCUGGUGAUCAAUCAUUAUAUCAUUGUAUGUACAAAACCUAUAUUUGUUGGCGUAAUUUUUUAUAAAUGUUAUAAUUUUUUUA